CGCGCAGCCUCGAACACAUCUACGUAGGCACACACACACAUACACAGAUCCUCCUGUCAUACAUACACACACACACACACACACGCACGCACGCUCACACACGCAGCGAGUCGCUGGCAGCUCCUGUCAGCGAGCUGAAGCCGUUCAAAGCUGUUUUUCCUGUGGAGAUCAGUGCCAGGUUUAACUCCGCAAAGCUGCCUGUGCGGUCACGUACGGGAGGAUCAGAGAAGAGAAAGUGAAGGAGAGACAGAAGAAGAGAAGAAGGACCGGAGCGGAGGAAGAGCAGACCGAAAGUUGCCUACCUAACCCUACCCUCCUCCUUUUCACUUUGGGUCACGGAUUCCGCCGUUCCACACUUUCUUUUAUCCCUCUCUUCUUCUGGAGAGGAGUAUUAUUUGCGUGUCACUCCAUUCAAGGGACAACAACAGAGAGGUGGAGAGACCCCGAAAGAGAGAGAGCGAGAAGAAAAGCAAAGGAGUGCGAGAGCGUGAACAAGCGAAAGGGAGAGAGAGAGUUCACAUGACAUAAUCGGAGUGAAUGGGUUGCCAUGGUAACUGACACCGGCAGGCUGACCCUGAAGAAGUGGAUGUUGAAUGGGGAGAGGGACGCGUCGGAGGGCCACAGAGACUAACGGGGAGCCGGCGGAGGAGCGCGCGAGAGGGGAGUCAGCAAGCAGGAGGAGGAGGAGGAGGAGAAGAAGGAGUAGAGGCGCCGAGGAGCGGAGGCAGGAGCAGCAGGAGCAGGAGUAGGAGCAGGAGCAGCAGGAGGUGGAGGAGGAGGAAGCGGGGGAGAAGGAGAGCAAAGCUCCAGAAUGGAGGACGGCUUUUCCAGCUACAGCAGCCUCUAUGACACCUCCUCCCUGCUGCAGUUCUGCAACGAUGACAGCGCAUCGGCGGCGAGCAGCAUGGAGGUGACGGACCGGCUGGCCUCUCUGGAGCAGCGCGUCCAGAUGCAGGAGGACGAGAUCCAGCUGCUCAAGUCGGCGCUGGCCGACGUGGUCAGGAGGCUCAACGUGUCCGAGGAGCAGCAGGCCAUGCUCACCAGGAAGGGACCAACCAAAGCUCGGCCAAUGAUGGCUGCCCUGCCCCUGAGGCCCACUGUCAACAACGGCACUGUCCUACCAAAGAAAGGCAGCGGCACCCUCCCAUCCCCCUCAGGCUCCCGCAGGGACGCCCCAGCACCAGCGACCAAGAGCUCAACCACUCUCACCCACAAGCCUCCCAAAAGCACUGUGAAGAGGACCAGCUCAUCGGAGCACGUGGGCACCCAGGGGCGUAAGGAGAGCGCGGGCGACGCCAGGGGCAACCGCACGCGGGCCGGCUCCACCGGCAGCAACUCCAGCGGCAAGAAGGCCAGCGAGAGCAAAUUGAAGGAGCCGGUAUUCAACGCAGGGAUGCGACGCGUGACCCACUGCAAAGAGGAAGGGUAUGUCAAAAUGUAUUUGAAGGGACGGCCCAUCACCAUGUACAUGCCCAAAGACCUGGUGGACUCCUACUCGCUGGAGGCCAAGGCUGAGCUGCCGCCCAGGAAGCUGAAGCUGGAUUGGGUCUACGGCUACCGAGGACGGGACUGCCGCUCCAACCUGUACCUGCUGCCCACGGGGGAGACGGUCUACUUCAUCGCCUCGGUGGUGGUGCUCUACAACGUGGACGAGCAGCUGCAGAGGCACUACACCGGCCACACGGACGACAUCAAGUGCCUGGCUGUCCAUCCUGAUAAAAUCACCAUAGCGACAGGUCAAGUGGCUGGCACCUCCUCAGAUGGCAAACAGCUGGCUCCUCAUGUGCGUGUUUGGGACUCGGUGAGCCUGAACACCCUCCACGUGCUGGGCACUGGAUUCUUCGACCGAGCCCUCGUCUGCCUGGCCUUCUCGAAAUCGAAUGGAGGCAGCACGCUAUGCGUGGUGGACGAUUCCAACGAUCACGUCCUGUCUGUGUGGGACUGGCAGAGAGAGGAGCGCUUGGCUGAGGUCAAGUGUUCCAACGAGUCUGUGUUUGCAGCAGACUUCCACCCCACUGACACCAACAUCAUUGUGACUUGUGGAAAAUCCCACCUGUAUUUCUGGACACUGGAGAGGGGAAUGCUUGUCAAAAAGCAAGGACUGUUUGAGAAACAAGAGAAGCCCAAGUUUGUCUUGUGUGUGACUUUUUCAGAAAAUGGGGACGCCAUAACAGGAGACUCCAGUGGAAAUAUACUUGUGUGGGGAAAAGGCUCUAAUCGCAUUAGCCACGCCAUUCAGGGGGCGCACGAGGGGAGCGUCUUCGCCCUGUGCAUGCUCCGCAACGGCACGCUGGUGUCCGGGGGGAAGGACCGCAGGCUCAUCUCCUGGGACGGAAACUACCAGCAGAUUCAGACGGUCGAGGUUCCUGAGGUGUAUGGCCCAGUCCGCACCGUGGCAGAAGGCCGGGGCGAGAGCGUCCUCAUAGGGACCACCAGAAACUACGUGCUGCAGGGCAGCCUAGACGGCGAGUUCAUCCCCAUAACGCAGGGCCACACGGACGAGCUGUGGGGUUUGGCGAUCCACCCGCUGAAGCACCAGUUCCUCACCUGCGGCCACGACAAGCACGUGUGUCUCUGGGACUCGCUCUCCCACCAGCCCGUCUGGACCAAGACCAUGGAGGUAGUGGACGCUGUCCAGUCCGCUGGAUUCCACCCAUCCGGUUCUGUGGUUGCCAUAGGAACGCAGACCGGCAGAUGGCUUGUCUUGGACACUGAGACCAAGGAUCUGGUGACGGUUCACACAGACGGGAAUGAGCAGCUGUCUGUGAUGCGAUUCUCACCUGAUGGUAAUUUCCUGGCCAUCGGAUCACAUGACAACUAUAUCUACAUCUAUGCUGUGGCAGAGAAUGGAAAGAAGUACAGCCGCGUUGGGAAGUGCUCAGGUCACUCAAGCUUCAUCACACACCUGGAUUGGUCAUUGGACUCGCAGUACCUCGUCUCCAACUCGGGAGACUAUGAGAUUCUAUACUGGAUUCCAUCUGUGUGCAAGCAGGUGGUGAGUGUGGAGACCACCCGGGACAUCCCCUGGGUCUCCUACACCUGCACGCUGGGAUUCCUCGUCUUCGGACUUUGGCCUGAGGGCUCGGACGGCACAGACAUCAAUGCCGUCUGCAGGUCUCACGAGGGCAGGCUGCUCGUUACCGGGGACGAUUUUGGGAAAGUCCACCUCUUCGCCUUUCCCUGCUCGCAGUGGCGGGCUCCAAGUCACGUCUACGGUGGGCACAGCAGUCACGUGACCAACGUCACCUUCCUGUUCGAUGACAGUCACCUGGUGUCGACUGGCGGGAAGGACAUGAGCAUCAUGCAGUGGCGGGUCGUGUAAGGCUGAGCCUUCCGCCAAUCAACGUGCAUGUACAGAAUGACCCAGGAGGACAGCAGAGGGGAGGGCCCCCCCCAGGACUUUUCUAGAAGUUUCUCCCGCGCAUGGAUCAAUGACCGGGGAUAGGGUGGAGGAUAAAUAAAUCAAAAAAAGACUUUUACAACAGCCACUGGUGGAUUAUAAUGGUUACAGCAGGCAUUGUCUAUCGUUGUAACGUUUCUUUCUUUGUUGUUUGGUUUCUAUUGUUUGGAUUUCACAACUCAGGAAACCUUGUAGUCGAGGCGAAGCAACGGACAUGGAUCUGACAUGUCUUCUUGGCUUCCAGAAUGAAGGCUUCUGACUCCCUGACACCACCCCGCCUUGGAAAAAAAAAAAAAAAAGAAACUUCUUCCAUAAGAACCAAUUUCUACGAGGUGCAACCAAAGCACCUGUGUUUGGUGAAACCACACCCACCCACGGGAAUGAAAUUGAUGAAAUGUUACGUGUUGUAAACAUAGUGCAGUCCUGCCUUGCCUUUGUCAUUUUAAAGACAUUUUGAUUUCAAAGAAUGCUAGUUGUUUCAGGGGUUGGUCAAACCAAAUAUCCCGAUGUAAGGGUGAAAAAUGUGUUGUUUUCGGGGGUAGAAAAAAUGUGGUCAACAGUACCACCACCUGGCAUCUUGAGGGAUUGCAAUAUAGCCUGUGAUUUUUACUUCACGCCCCCACGCCCAAAUCUCCACACACAAUUUAGUAAUUUCCUUUCCGCAAAUAAAUACCUUUAAUGACCAAGGAAUUAACAUAAACAUUUUUGUUUAUAAUUCAAGCAUGUUUUGUUUUCAUCCACCAAAUUAGGGGUUGUUAGUUUAUUUCCCUCUGUCCCAGUAGCUGUGAUUUAAUUGCUUUUGGUUGAAUAUUGAAAUGCAGAGAGGUGUCUUUUGAUUGGAGGCUUUAUCACGAGGUAAUUUGAACGAAUUCUGAGGGAUUUCGUUUUUGUAAAUAGUUUUUAUUUUAUACAAACCUUCACACUGAAAUUAACACAUUUCCUACCCCACCCUUAUCAACAUUGCUUUGGCACCUUAGACCCCCCCCCCCCCCCAAACACACACACACAAACACACUUAUUUGGACAACUGUCAUUGCAUAUUUGCCCUUACAUUAACUGGGAAUUCUCUUUCGAGUAUCACUUCAGUCACACUAAGACAAAAAAAGAAAACAUUAAUGCCACAAAUACAUCCCCUACUGUAAGAAGCUGAAUGGUCAUUCGUGCAAAGAAGUACAACUAUAAAGACUUCAACCACCAUUGUGUGCAACUUACAAAGGUUACUUUUUCUGAUACAGUUGUCUGAUGAUCUGUGGAAGCAUGCAUACUGUACAUUUAGUUGUAGCUUUUCCAUGACAUCACCAUCAGAUUCUUAUUCACAAAUCUGCGAUGCACAUCAUGCUGAUGUAAGCUGUUUUGAAAGCUGAGGCAAUGAUGGAGCCUCUUACAGGCUCAAAGAGAUUGUUUGAUGGAAUGAAAUAGACAUGGGUUUUUCUAUGGGGAGAUAGACUUGCAGGCAUUGUGAAUUUGAUGAACUGUAGACUGAUUGGUUUUUUUGAGGGGUGAGAGACAACGUGGAUGAGGGAUGCACUACUAAUGAACAUUAACACAGUCAUUGUGUUUGACAGUAAAAAAAAAAUCAUUAAAGUCAUUCAACCUGAAA